GAACCUUUGAAAUUCGACUAAUCGUAUGCCCCACGAUUUCGUAUAGCAAGAUUUCUGACCGUGUGCGUCUACUGUAGAGGUGCGGGGCAUGUUGGAGGCUGUCCAGGGCCUGUACAUGCUGCCCGAGCGGGACCGCGGGCAGGCCUCCUGCGAGGUGAUGCAGGGCGGGCAGUACCACUGCGCCUCCAUGGCGGGGAUUCUUGGGCCCACGGUCAACCGGAAGCUGCUGCCGUACGUCCGCCACAGCUUCUGCUGCCCUGAGGCGGUCGUGUGUUCUGUGGUGGUGCAGAGGCACGCUGCAGGCGGCGGCGGGGCCGGGCCACGUUGCCGUUGCGCCGCCGAGCUUGGUAAGACUUCGGGCUGCGCACAGACAGCUCCCCCGGGUAGUCCUGGCUGGCCUCAAUAGGCUCCCCGAG